ACACACACACACAAAACAGAAUGAAGUUUCUAAACCUUUUCGGGCGCCUGAAAUCUGUGGUCAUUGGAAUGAUUCAUGUCAAAGCUUUACCAGGUACUCCACUCAGCAGUUUGAAAAUGUCCCAGAUCACCGAGGAAGCUUGUCGGGAGGCAGAAAUCUACCGUGAUGCUGGAGUCGACGGCGUGAUCAUUGAGAACAUGCACGAUAUCCCGUACGUGUUUGACGUGGGUCCGGAGGUGGUCGCCUGUAUGACUGCGGUGUGCACGGCCGUGAGGAGCGCCUGUCCUCUCCUGCCCACUGGAGUGCAGAUACUGUCCUCUGCUAACCAGCAGGCGCUGGCCGUGGCCUUGGCUUCAGGUGUGGAUUUCAUCCGGGCCGAGGGCUUCGUGUUUUCUCACGUGGCCGACGAGGGCCUGCUGAACGCCUGCGCCGGGGACUUACUGAGAUAUCGCAGACGCAUCGGAGCGGAUCAUGUGCAGAUCUUCACCGACGUGAAGAAGAAGCACAGCUCUCAUGCCCUGACGUCAGAUGUGAGCAUUGAGGAGACGGCCCGUGCAGCCGAGUUCUUCCUGUCAGACGGACUCAUCAUCACAGGAACGGCCACCGGAGUACAGGCCGACCCGCAGGAGCUCAGAGAGGUUUCCCGGUCUGUGAACAUCCCGGUGCUGAUCGGUUCUGGCGUGACCUUUGACAAUAUGGAGAGUUACCUGGACGCCAGUGGAAUAAUCAUCGGUUCUCACUUCAAGCUGGGCGGUCACUGGGCCAACGCAGUCGACCCCCACCGAGUGAAGAGGUUCAUGGGAAAGAUCCGCAGCCUUCGGGAGUAA